GCAGCCAUUACCAGACUUCAAAAAGCCUACAUAUUUCAUUUCUCUUACAACCCCAGUUUCCUUUCUCUAUGCUUCAUUAAUCCCAUGCAAAAAAAAUCGUGCUUAUUUCUUGUUCUUGAUACCUUUACAGAGCAAAGUUCACCAUUUUUGUGUUUGAGCAUGGCUAGAUCUUUAGAAGCGAAAAGCCUAUGAAAGGUGUUCCAUUUAGCAUUGAUCUUUGCAGGGAUGUUAGAUAUAGAAAGUUUUGAGUGCUCUCAAUUCACCUGUUGCUGGAUUCUUCAUUUGUAAUCAUAUAAAUUUUCCAGGGUUUGCACUCAUCAGUCAUCACUUGUCAUCUGAAGGUUUUCCCCCUCUGCUUUUAAGGUCAUAUAUAUCAACAAGAGAGUAGCAUCGUUGCUUUUCCUUAAUUAGUUCCUUGGCAACUGAUUAAUAUUAUCUUCUUGCAACGACCUUUUCCUUUAUAUAAUCAGUUGUUCAGCUAAACUUGCUUAAUCUUGAGUUUCUCAAAUUGCACAUCCCUUUUCUGAAUCCCUCAUCAAGAUUCGACCUUGGUACAAAAAUGGGUCUCUCAAGUCUCCCAGCUCCAUCAGAAGGAGUGCUAUGUAUACUCUUGGUAAACACAGCGUUAUCCAUAUCUAUAGUUAAAGGCAUAAUCCGAUCAAUCCUUCACAUUGUUGGUAUCCAUCUCUCGUCAUCCUCAUCAGCUUCAGACUCCGUUGAAAACCCCUCAGAAUCAUUUGACUUCCACCUUAGUACUUCUGAUAGUUACAUUGACGAGUUCCGGAGUAGGACCCCAGCAAUUCGGUUUGAUGCUGUAUGUAGCUGCAAGCGGCCUGAGCAUGACUGUCCAGUUUGUCUGACUCAAUUUGAGCCUGAAUCAGAGAUUAACCGUUUGUCCUGUGGCCAUCUAUUUCACAAGGUGUGCUUGGAAAAAUGGUUGAAGUAUUGGAACGUUACAUGCCCUCUUUGCAGGACUCCCCUGCUGCCUGAAGAGGAGGCUUCUUGCUUUUGGUGAGAAUUUUACGAGUGUGCAGAGUUGAGGAAAUUUCCUUGUACAGCGUGUUUAGUGUACAGGUAUUUACAUAAAUGUUAUCAGCCUUGGCUUAGAGUUAGGUGUGUGUUGUUACCCUCAAGUUUACCUUGAUGUGGUGAUUUGUUAUUGGAUAUCAGAAUUUAAUGUGCAUAUUGUGAGGGUUUCUGAUGUUACAUGCAUCUCACUACUGUCUUUAGCUUCUAUAGUUCAUGGAGAUUUUGUUUUCUUUUUUGCUUCGCUUUUUAGUGCAAUGAGAUAGAUUGAACAGAAAACUAGGUUAGCGUAACUAAAAUCUGCUGACAGGAUGUGUUUUAGAAUGAUAUGUUGAUGUCAGGUUUCUGAUGUUUUUAUGGUAUCUAUCUGGCUUCUAUCUCAGAUCAUGUUUCAACUUUCAA